GCGGGGAAGGAAGGGCUAUAGGAGUUGAAGAGGCAGCUGGUCUGGACUGGAAUGGGUCCCCCUUGUUCCCUGCACAAUCUUCGGGACCAUGAGCAAUUCCCUUGAAAGGACCAGAAGAGAAGCCCCCAAGGAGGUGCUGGACUGGACUUUUACAGGGACCACCUGAAGCAGGACGUUUUCCUGCACUGAAGUCGCCAGCUGAAGACGGGCCUGUGUGUGCCCCCCAUGAACAGAGCUGUUCCAGAGGUGUUCCUCGCGGGUGGAGACCUGGUACCCCAAGGCCACAUUCGCCGCUGCCUGUCUGCAGUAGAGUCCAGAGAACAGCUGGAGGAAGAGAAGGAGGAUGAGGGAAAAAAGAAGGAGGGGAACAGCUCCCAUGCUGUACCCCUCCGAAGAUCAGGGGCUUUCCGUGCCCAUGGUCACAACUACGACUCCUUUAAAAGACACAGUUGGGGGCCUGACAGGGAACCCCAGGACUCACUGAGCAGGAAGAGACUGCAGGCACUGGGAAGCCCAAGCCCCGAAGAGGCUCCCUUACUGCAGAGCCAAGAGGAACUGGACACCUUUCUGGGACUGCAGCACCAGGGUACCCAACCAUCCUGCCUGGGUCAAGAUUCCUGUCAUCCACCUGCUGGCCCUUUGGCACACUCAGCCACUGGUAUGCUUUCUAAGUCUGUAUCCCUGAGUGGCCUCAACUCCCUCUUGGACUGUUCAGAUCCAAAUGGGUAUUUAUCCCAGUCCUCUGCCACUGACCUCAGGAAAAGCUCUAGCCAGCUGGAAGGGCACUCAGGUUCCUGGGCAGGCUCCUCCCUGCGACGCACCUUCAGCUUCCUCUUGGGCAUGACCGGAAAGGCCAAGACCCGAGAGAAGGAGAAAAUGAGGGAAGCCAAGGAUGCCCGCUACACCAAUGGGCACCUCUUCACCACCAUCUCGGUUUCAGGCAUGACCAUGUGCUACGCCUGCAACAAGAGCAUCACUGCCAAGGAAGCCCUCAUCUGCCCAACCUGCAAUGUGACUAUCCACAACCGCUGUAAAGACACCCUCGCCAACUGUACCAAGGUCAAGCAGAAGCAACAGAAAGCCGCUCUGCUGAAGAACAACACUGCCUUGCAGUCUGUUUCCCUCCGAAGUAAGACAACCAUCCGGGAGCGGCCCAGUUCCGCCAUCUAUCCCUCCGACAGCUUCCGGCAGUCUCUCCUUGGCUCUCGCCGUGGCCGCUCCUCCCUGUCAUUAGCUAAGAGUGUUUCUACCACCAACAUUGCUGGACACUUCAACGAUGAGUCUCCCCUGGGGCUGCGCCGGAUCCUCUCACAGUCCACAGACUCCCUCAACAUGCGGAACCGAGCCCUGUCUGUGGAGUCUCUCAUUGACGAAGGUGCGGAGGUGAUCUACAAUGAGCUGAUGAGUGAAUUUGAGAUGGAUGAGAAGGACUUCACAGCUGAUUCCUGGAGCCUGGCCGUGGAUGGCAGCUUCCUACAGCAGCAUAAAAAGGAGGUGAUGAAGCAGCAGGAUGUCAUCUAUGAGUUAAUCCAGACAGAGCUGCACCACGUGAGGACGUUGAAGAUCAUGACCCGCCUCUUCCGAGCGGGGAUGCUGGAAGAGCUGCAGCUGGAACCAGGAGUGGUCCAGGGCCUGUUUCCCUGUGUGGACGAGCUCAGUGACAUCCACAUGCGCUUCCUUAGCCAGCUUUUAGAGCGCCGGCGCCAGGCCCUGUCCCCUGGCAGUACCCGGAAUUUUGUCAUCCACCGCUUGGGUGACCUGCUCAUCAGCCAGUUCUCAGGGCCCAGCGCAGAGCAGAUGCGUAAGACCUACUCCGAGUUCUGCAGCCGCCACACCAAGGCUUUAAAGCUCUAUAAGGAGCUGUACGCCCGAGACAAACGUUUCCAACAAUUCAUCCGGAAAGUGACACGCUCAGCUGUGCUGAAGCGGCAUGGGGUGCAGGAGUGCAUCCUGCUGGUGACACAGCGCAUCACCAAGUACCCAGUGCUUAUCGGCCGCAUCCUGCAGUACUGCCAUGGGAGCGAGGAGGAGCAUCAAGACCUAACAGCAGCACUAGGGCUGGUGAAGGAGUUACUGUCCAACGUGGACCAAGACGUGCAUGAGCUGGAGAAGGGGGCCCGUCUGCAGGAGAUCUACAACCGCAUGGAUCCCCGGGCCCAGACCCCGGUGCCUGGCAAGGGCCCCUUUGGCCGAGAGGAACUUCUGCGGCGUAAGCUCAUCCACGAUGGCUGCCUGCUCUGGAAGACAGCCACUGGGCGCUUCAAAGAUGUGCUAAUGCUGCUGAUGACAGAUGUGCUGGUGUUUCUGCAGGAAAAGGACCAGAAGUACAUCUUUCCCACACUGGACAAGCCCUCAGUGGUAUCACUGCAGAAUUUAAUUGUGCGGGACAUCGCUAACCAGGAGAAAGGAAUGUUUCUGAUCAGUGCAGCCCCGCCCGAGAUGUAUGAGGUGCACACAGCUUCCCGGGAUGACCGGAGCACCUGGAUCCGCGUCAUUCAGCGGAGUGUAUGCGUGUGCCCAUCCAGGGAAGACUUCCCCCUGAUUGAGACAGAAGAUGAGGCUUACCUGCGGCGAAUCAAGAUGGAGCUGCGGCAGAAGGACCAGGCACUGGUGGAGCUGCUGCAGGAGAAAGUUGGGCUGUUUGCUGAGAUGACUCAUUUCCAGGCAGAAGAGGAUGGCAACAGUGGGAUGUCCCUGCCCACCCUGCCCCGGGGCCUUUUCCGCUCAGAGUCUCUUGAGUCCCCUCGUGGCGAGCGCCUGCUGCAGGAUGCUAUCCGUGAGGUGGAGAGCCUGAAAGACCUGCUGGUGGGUCCUGGGGUAGAAUUGCUCUUGAUGCCCCGAGAACCAGCCUUGCCCUUGGAACUAGACAGCGGUGGUAACACGAGUCCUGGAGUCACUGCCAAUGGUGAGGCCAGAACCUUCAAUGGCUCCAUUGAACUUUGUAGAGCUGACUCAGACUCCAGCCAGAAGGAUCGAAAUGGAAAUCAGCUGAGAUCUCCCCAGGAGGAGGCGUUACAGCGAUUGGUCAAUCUCUAUGGACUUCUGCAUGGCCUACAGGCGGCUGUGGCCCAGCAGGACACUUUGAUGGAAGCCCGGUUCCCUGAAGGCCCUGAGAGGAGGGAGAAGUUGUCCCGAGCCAACUCCCGGGAUGGGGAAGCUGGCAGAUCUGGGGCUGUGCCCACAGCUCCUGAAAAGCAGGCCACUGAGUUGGCCCUGCUGCAGCGGCAGCAUGCGCUGCUGCAGGAGGAGCUGCGGCGUUGCCGGCGGCUGGGUGAAGAGCGGGCUACCGAAGCCGGCAGCCUGGAAGCCCGCCUCCGAGAGAGUGAGCAGGCCCGGGCUGUGCUGGAGCGGGAGGCUGAAGAGGCACGCAGGCAACUGGCUGCCCUGGGCCAGACAGAGCCACUCCCAGCUGAGGCCCCAUGGGCCCGCAGGCCUGUGGACCCAAGGCGGCGCAGCCUCCCAGCAGGCGAUGCCCUGUACCUGAGUUUCAACCCCCCACAGCCCAGCCGAGGCCCUGACCGCCUGGAUCUGCCUGUGACUAUUCGCUCCAGCCAGCGACCCUUUGAAGAUCGAGAGAGGCAGGACCUGGGUAGCCCUGAGGAACGGCUACAAGACAGCAGUGACCCUGACACUGGCAGCGAGGAAGAAGGUAGCAGCCGUCCGUCUCCGCCCCACAGUCCCCGAGGUGAGACCCUGGCGGAGACGUGGACUAGAGAUUUCACCCGAAUGCAGGACAUCCCAGAGGAGACGGAGAGCCGCGAUGGGGAGCCUAUACCCUCCGAGAGCUAAGGGAGCCCCUCCCCCGUGCCUGUGCCCCACUGAAGAACAGUACUGAGGGGGCAGACCUUGGGGACUUCAUUCACCAAUGAUGAGGGAACAUUUCAAAGAACUGCUGAUUGUCCUUGCCAGCUCUUGGGAUCCUUGGAUACCUGGGGCCAUUUAAGAUGCUGGGGGAAUUAGGCCACAGUACCCCCAGGUGGCUGGCGUCCAAAAGCUACACCACAAAUGCCAGUUUCUCAUGCCUUCUUCCCUAUACUUUAGGAAAAAUUAUUUAUUUAUUGUUUAUUAGUUACAGGGGGAGCGGAGGGAUUUAUAGGACCAGGGACAUUGGAACCAAGCCAUAGGGAUCAGGGGGCCUAUCCUUUAACACUACUGGGGUAUAUCAGGCUUAACCAUCCAGCUGCUGGGUUCUAGCCCUACACCCCUCCCUAGCACCCCCAUCUCAGAGGAGAGGCUGCAGCCAUAGGACCCUACUGCCCUUAAAGGAGGGGUGGGGCAGGGCUCUGUCCCUCUGCCCUCUCCCCUCUACCACUUACCACUAUCCUCCCCUCUAUCUGUCCUACAUGGGAACACUAGGGAGACAACCUGGCUUCCUAGAGUUGACAGGAUAGAAGUGGGUAUCAUGAUGGUUUAUUAGGGUGAGGGGGAAAACUCCACAGGGACCAGAAUGUUUUGUGUUUUUUUUUUUUUCCUUUUUUGUACCAAAGCCAAUUGCACGUGUUUUAUAUUUUUAAGAAAAGAUUGUAGGUAAUUAGAGAUCGCAGCCUUCUAUCUCCACAUCUCUGAGCAGGUUGAGGGGUGAGAGAAAAAAUGACUUCUCCCUUCAUCUACAGCAGUGGGGGACAUAUACUGACUGACCUCUUUCCCAGCCAUUGGGAAAAAUGUUCCAGGAUGGUCUGGGAAAUCUCUAGGAACCCUAACCUUGUCUUCCACCUCAGCAACCAUGACCUGAAACCUCAGUGUGAAUUUUGGGAACUUCUCAAUGGACCAUCCCAUGCCCACCAGCCCCAGCCAUUUUUCUGCCAAUUUGGUUGUUUAAAAACAAAACAAAAAAAGAUCAAGCAGGGAAAAUUAAAGACCUAGAACCCCA